AUAAAAACUCAAACUGAAAAUGCUAAACGCAGCCGCCUAUCCCAGAGUCGACUGCUUCGUUCUUCGCAUAUAAGAUUCUGCAAUUUCCAUUAAAGACGGCAGCUGAAAAUGAUGAUUGGAGUUUGGAUGAAUACAAUAGCGAUGAUGACAAACAACCAGCGUCUUGGUCACUUGUCACGAAUGAUGCAUUUUCUAAAUAUCGUGAUAUAGGUGACUUAUCCGAUAUCUCCGAGCAAGCUACGAUAGAAUCUUUGAUAGAAUUAAAGAGCAUCCAUGAUUCAGAAUUUCCAGCAACUGAAGAUGAAGCUGAGUCUGCGCAUAUUCAAGCAACUCUCAGGGAGGUCAACUUCAGAAUAUAAGGUGACUUUGAGUCUUGACGACUACAUUUUCCAACAAAAGAUUUGAAAUGGAAUUUAUGUCGAACAACAAUUUCCUCCACUCAAUCCCAAGCAAUUACGUCUCCGGAGUAUGAAUAUUUUUCAUUUUCUUGAGAGAGAAUGAGAAAAAGGUUUUACUUUGUUGAUUUUUUGUAUACACUGCUGCAUGCUAUCAUGAUGUCUGCAACAAUGAAUUAAUUAAGUCUUUCCCCAACAAUUAAUUACCUUUCAUCCAAUCAAUCCGAGGCGGCAACCAUGGAGAAAAAAUGUGGGUGCUGGGCGGUUAUGAGGCGCAAUGGUAGAGGCGAUUCUAGAUCCUCAGCUAUAAACACCUCUAUCCCCACUCGUGGCGUUGCGUAUGCUGCUGAAGGUGCAGCAGCAGUAGAAACACGGCAUCUGAAUGCUAGUACCAGGGAGCAGCUGAGUGCAGCAGCCGGUGAAGCAAGAGACAGUUCUGGCGAUGAUGAUGGUUGCUGCCUCCCCAAUCAGCAGGCACCGGAAAGCGUAGUGCAGUCUCGCAGAUCACUACUUCAGUUCAGCUUCCAAGAACUUAAAUCUGCAACAGCAAACUUCAGGCCAGGCAGUAUUCUUGGAGAGGGCGGAUUUGGUUAUGUCUUCAAAGGGUGGGUAGAGGAGAGUGGGACUGCUCCAGCAAAGCCUGGCUCAGGAAUUGCCGUUGCAGUCAAAAGCUUGAAGGAAGAUGGACUGCAAGGCCAUAGAGAAUGGGUGGCAGAAGUGCACUUCCUUGGACUGCUUCAUCAUCCAAAUCUUGUGAACCUAAUUGGUUAUUGCAUUGAGGACGACCAAAGGCUGCUUGUCUAUGAGUUUAUGCCGCGUGGAAGCCUAGAAAACCAUCUUUUCAGAAGGAGCAUACCUCUUCCCUGGUCCACCAGGAUCAAAAUAGCAAUUGGUGCAGCCAAAGGCCUAAUGUUUCUCCAUGGAGGCCCUGAACCUGUGAUUUAUAGAGAUUUCAAGGCUUCAAACAUUUUGAUUGAUUCGGACUACAAUGCCAAACUCUCUGACUUUGGCUUGGCAAAAGCUGGGCCUCAAGGGGACAACACGCAUGUUUCGACAAGGGUUGUUGGAACAUAUGGCUAUGCUGCUCCAGAAUAUGUCAUGACAGGUAACAAUUAUCUAAAACUCUCAAGUUCUGAUAACUUUUUCUUUUUGGUUUUCAGAGUUAUUUGUUUAGAUCAUUUAUGUUCCUGCAAAACACAGUCAUUGCUUGAGCACUGAAUUCUUAUACACACACAUACACUGCUACUUCUGCUUUUGUUGUUGUCCUUAGGACACUUAACUGCAAAGAGUGAUGUUUACAGCUUCGGGGUUGUGUUGUUGGAAAUGUUAACGGGCAGGAAGUGUAUGGACAAAAAGCGGCCUAGUGGAGAAGAGAAUCUUGUUCGAUGGGCACGCCCCUAUUUGGCUGACAAGCGGAAAGUCAUUCGAGUUGUGGAUCCACGCCUCGAAUUGAAUUACUCAGUCAAAGGGGUGCAGAAGGUAGCACAGAUAGCUCUCACAUGUCUGAGUAGGGAUUCUAAAUCGCGCCCAUCAAUGGAUGAAGUUGUCAAGGCCCUCACUCCGCUUCAAGCUCACGCCGACCUCACAGCACUAUCUAACAACCCUCGCAUCAUUAAACCAGGAAGGCAAAAGAACAAGGCUGAAAGGAAGGGAACAGAUAAUAAUCUAUAUCCCAUUAUAGGAGCGUCAACAAUCUCCCCUCCAUGCACCCAUGCACAGGUAGCCAACCUUGCAAAUAAUCUAUCUAGUUGAGAUGUCGGCUCAACAAUCUAAGCUUGAGCAAAACUGUGUCAGAUGAAAUGCGCUUUCAAGUCAACAACUGCCAUGCAAUGAAAGCUCUGUAUAUAUAAAGUUCGGUGAACUUGAUCUUUAAAUAUGUUUAUCUACGGCACAGAUUGGAUUCCAAAGCUAGUUGGAAUCCAUUGGUUUAUCUCAUUGUGCGGGAAACAUUCCAUCUUCAGAAGAUGCUGAUUAGUGUGAAGUUGAAGCCAGAAUCAUGACUAAGGCAGUGUUUGCUAAAGCUUUUAUAAAGUACUUUUCUACUUUUUCCUUUGAAAAAGCUUUAAAACGUUUUAAAAUAGAAAUUGCUGUUUA